AUGAGUGGCUCAGUCAACAUAUUCUUGCUACGGCACUCUGUGUUGCCGCUGAUAGAUGCCGGCUUGGACGACAUGGAGUUGCUGGUUCACGUCAACGGGUCCACAUGUCAGGGGAACGGCUGGAAAGUAUUGCAAGCCGUAGACUUCGAUGAAGACGGAGAUGUGGAUCUCUUUGUUCAGCAAAGGUAUUUUGAGCGCACUUCGAAAGCAGGUUUGAUCGAAAGAACUGGGGAUGAGAAUCCUAUCAACAUCUUCGGCGGCGACAUGGCUGUAGUUGCUGACGUGGACGGUGAUGGGCGCUUGGAAGUGUUGGUGAAGGGUUCGAUCAUCUGGAGUGGGGGCCCCGGAAUGACGCAAGGCCUUCGCUACUUUCGGCGCGCGCAGGACAACAGUUUCGUGGAGCCUGCUGAGAACCCCGUUGCCGACUUUAGCUUCUACAACGGGGAGUCUGGCCAGGAAAGAGGUUUUGUUGUUGACUGGAAUUCCGAUGGCUUGCCAGAUCUUCUGGUUGUAGAAUUCAGAAAUAUGCCACCGCAAGCUAUGCGGUGCAGUUAUCAGGGCGAUUAUGAUUACUAUCAGCAUGUCCUCAAAGGUGAUCUCAUGCACAAUUCUCUGAUGGACAUCUAUGAGGAUGUUGAUGUAGGCGGCCACAGUCGUGAUGAUUUGGAUUUCGCGCGGCUCACCAUCGUUGACUGGAACAGAGAUGGCUUCUUGGAUCUCUUGAUGAGCUACAACCGACACCAGUCACAGCCGAGGCUGUUUGAGAAUCGCCGUGAGAGAAUGAACGAAGUCAUUUCGGCUUUUGAGAACGUCACGGCCACAUCUUUGGAGCCUCACACGGGUCCCAAUAAUUUCCCAAAUGGUUACAGGCUGGCGGUUGCAGACUUUGAUGGAGACGGCGAGGUAGAUGUCCUCAUUGCCAGCGAGGCUGAUGGAAAGCUACACUACCAUCGCCAGGUUUCAGGUCGUCUCCAAGCAGAGGAGCAGCAGAAUCCAUUUCGCAAUAUUACCGUCCCACUAUGGUGGGACACGUUCUCGCAGCAGAACUACUAUCAUUUGGUGGAGCCCAUCUUCCUGGAUUGGGACAACGACGGUGACAUGGAUCUGCUUCUUGGAGCUCCUGAUGGGCGGAUUUUUGAGCAGACAGCCGAUGGACGCUUGGAGGAGUGGCCUCUGGAGCAGAGCCCGGUCAGGAGCUUCUUGGAUGAAUUGAGAGAGCUCAAGUGGGGCCUGGCUGACCAAACUAAUCGCUUCAGAAUGAUGGAGAGUACUUGGAAGUUUGUGGAUUGUGAUGUCGAUGGGGACCUCGAUCUGCUCCGAUUUGGGUAUGCCAAAGAUGGAACGUGGCACUCGCGACUGCAGGCCUGUGAGCAUGACGGCACCCAUGCCUUGCGAUGCGAUGAUGACUUUCUGUGCUUGGGAGCGAAUCUCAGCAAUUUCCGGACAGAGGGGUUCGGUGAGGUGAUGUCUUUCGACCUGGGGAAUGUGACCGAUGGGCGCCUGCAGCUGAUCACAUCUCAUAGAUACAGCAAGGGCGCGGUGCUUUGGAGUGGAGGCUUUUGUGCUCCUCAAAACCCCUGCAAUGAGAAGGGCCUAUGCACGACCAGACAGAUUGACUGCAGCUGCGUUUCAGGUCACGAGAUGGCGGAUUGUUCAGGCUGCAAGCCAGACUUUUACAGUGCGCAGCGGCAGCUAGGACAGCUGCAUAGUUGCAUUGCCUGCCCUGGUGCAGGUGGGAAGGUUUGUCAUGGUCGAGGUUUAUGCUUCGAUGAUGCUACUGCGAGGCAUGCCCCACAGGAAUCCACAGCAGCUUUGACCGCGCAGGGCAACGGCACCUGUCGUUGCCAUGAGGUGCAUUUUUCCGGCCAUGACAGCAAGGGUCGAGAGAACUGCGUCGAGGGCAGCUGCCCAGCUGGCACAGAAGAGAGGAAUGGCAGGUGUGAUCCCUGUAAUGCUGGUGCGACCUCAGUGUCUGGUGGCUUUUGCAAGAAUUGCUUGCCUGGGAGGUUCUCGCUUUCGGGAAGUGCGAGCUGUCUGAGGUGUCCUUCAGGGAGCACUGCGCAAGCUUCUGGGGCUUCGGCAUGUCUAACUUGCCCCGCAGGAAGGUAUGAGCUUCAGCAGCAGUUCUGCAAUGAGUGCCCCCCUGGGUUCAUCUCGUCCAUGGGGCAAAGCUCUUGUGCAAAAUGCCCGGCUGGUUUCAUGGCAGAUAAACCUGGAAGCAGCGCCUGUGUUCCAUGCGCAGGAGGCUUUUUCUCUGAAGAGGGUAGUGCAAAAUGCAGUGAGUGCCCCCCUGGGUUCAUCUCGUCCAUGGGGAACAGCUCUUGUGCUAAAUGCCCGGCUGGGUUCAUGGCAGAUAAACCUGGAAGCAUCGCCUGUGUUCCAUGCCCCGGAGGCUUCUUCUCUGAAGAGGCGAGUGCACAAUGCAUCGCCUGUCCUUCGGGCAGCAUUUCGGAUGCAGCCAGUGAGGCGUGCAGGCCAUGCGAUGCUGGCUUCUUUUCCGGCGACGCCCUCACUUGUGAACCUUGUCCUGGGGGUAAAGUGUCGAAGUCGGGAAGCAACUCAUGCCAGAGCUGCCCAGCAGGCGAGGUGUCCAGUCCAAGAAGUGCGGCGUGCACGCGCUGUGAGGGGGAUCUUCUACGAGCUGUUCCGGAUUCAAUGCAGCAGCAAUGCCAAGUUCUUGGUAUGGAUGUUGUGUUCGCCCUCGUUGGCUUGAUCGCGGCAACCUUCUUCUGCUUCUUAUGUUUGACUGGGCUCUACUCUUCGAUUCCCGUGGAGGACGUAUCGGCACAAGGCCAGAAGUGGGUGGUAACCAACUCCCUGGCGCAUUUGCUUCUGAAGUGGUCACUUCCGGAGGUGAGGUUCAGUGGCACCGGCACUGAUGCUUUGGAGGCACGCUGCUUUCGUGUCAAGGCAUUGAACUCCACCCAGCUGACGCUGCUCGGUGAUGUCACAGAACUGCCCUUGGACACCUCGAUGGGACGGUUGCGCCUGAAGCCAUUACGGGGUUUUCUGGUGACGGGCUUCUUUCGCUGUCCGCUCCUGUUCUGGUGUUUGUUGUUGUUGGCUGCUGUGGUGGCACUUGCCAGCCAACUGCAAUGGUCCUUGCUGUUGCUGGUGUGUGGUGUGGGCCUUUGCGCCGGUGCGUUGGCAUUUUCACUGCGGCGCAGGAGGGGCCGCACCUCCUUAGCAAAGCGGCGCCAGCAAUUCUUCAAACAGUGGCCUCCCGUGCUCCAUCGCUGCAGUCGCGGGCCAGACCGCUCCGUGGCCGCCGGGCAACUUCAGGAUUUCUUGCAGUUCUUCGAGACCUUCAUCAAGGAACGAUCCAUGUACUACGUUUGUUCCAACAUCGUCAAACCGCUCACGAAGCCUUACCAAGUAUCCUUCGCGGAAUUGGUGGGUCCCAUGGAAAUCCGAUGGUUUGUGAGUCACUUUUGGGGGAUGCCGGCUCGCCAUCUCAUGGAAGCCAUCCGGAAGCAUGGCUUGUCGGAUCAGGCUGAGCAGUGGCGAGAAUCAGGAUAUUGGAUUUGCACUUUCAGUAACAGCCAGUGGCACAUUCAGGAAGAGUUGGGGAAUGGCUGUUGGGAGCAAUCUUCAUUUUACAUUGCCCUCACAAGUCCUGAGUGCAAGGGAACUGCCAUGAUUAUUGAUGAGCUUGUCCAUCCACUCCGGCGGAUUUGGUGCCUCUUCGAAGUCUAUCACACCAUUUGCCUAUCCCAACGUGGUCGUUCUCAAGGCUUGCUCCUGUGCACCUCCACGGGAGUCUUGCAGGAGGGCAAGGCAGGCACCGAUGUGGCUGUGGCUGUGGCGCGAACGGCUAAAGAUUUGGACACACGCUCGGCCAAGGCCACCUCCGAGGAGGAUCGGCUGAUGAUCCAUC